AUGACGUCAAGAGCGGGAUUAUUCAGCACAAGUAAGGAGCAAGAAAAUUUUUAUGAUGACAAGGAGACCCACAUCCUUGAAGAUAUAAGGAGCACGCACAUGACGAUAUGGAGCAAUAGUCCAGGAGGCCAAGGACCAUACGGAUCUGGACAGCAAGGACCAGGAGGUGCCGGCCAACCAGGUCCUGGCAGUCAAGGACCAUACGGACCAGGUGCAUCUGCCGCAGCAGCAGCCGCUGUAGGAUACGGACCAGGAGCUGCACAACAAGGACUUGGAAGUCAAGGACCAGGAAGUGGCGGACAGCAAGGUCCUGGUGGUCAAGGACCAUAUGGACCAAGUGCAGCUGCCGCAGCAGCAGCCGCUGGAGGAUAUGGACCAGGAGCUGGACAACAAGGCCCAGGUGGAGCAGGACAACAAGGACCCGGAUCCCAAGGACCAGGAGGUGCCGGUCAACAAGGACCAGGUGGACAAGGACCAUACGGACCAGGUGCAUCCGCCGCAGCAGCAGCCGCUGGAGGAUACGGACCAGGAGCUGGACAACAAGGACCUGGAAGUCAAGGACCUGGAAGUCAAGGACCAGGAAGUCAAGGACCAGGAAGUGGUGGACAACAAGGACCUGGUGGCCAAGGACCUUACGGACCAAGUGCAGCCGCCGCAGCUGCAGCCGCUGGAGGCUAUGGACCAGGAGCUGGACAACAAGGACCUGGAAGUCAAGGACCAGGAAGUCAAGGACCAGGAAGUGGUGGACAACAAGGACCUGGUGGUCAAGGACCUUACGGACCAAGUGCAGCCGCCGCAGCAGCAGCCGCUGGAGGCUAUGGACCUGGAGCUGGACAACAAGGACCUGGAAGUCAAGGACCAGGAAGUGGUGGACAACAAGGACCUGGUGGUCAAGGACCUUAUGGACCAAGUGCAGCCGCCGCAGCAGCAGCCGCUGGAGGCUAUGGACCUGGAGCUGGACAACAAGGACCUGGAAGUCAAGGACCAGGAAGUGGUGGACAACAAGGACCUGGUGGUCAAGGACCUUACGGACCAAGUGCAGCCGCCGCAGCAGCAGCCGCUGGAGGCUAUGGACCAGGAGCAGGACAACAAGGACCAGGAAGUGGCGGACAACAAGGUCCAGGAGGCCAAGGACCAUACGGAUCUGGACAGCAAGGACCAGGAGGUGCCGGCCAACAAGGUCCUGGCAGUCAAGGACCAUACGGACCAGGUGCAUCUGCCGCAGCAGCAGCCGCUGUAGGAUACGGACCAGGAGCUGGACAACAAGGACCUGGAAGUCAAGGACCAGGAAGUGGCGGACAGCAAGGUCCUGGUGGUCAAGGACCAUAUGGACCAAGUGCAGCUGCCGCAGCAGCUGCCGCUGGAGGAUAUGGACCAGGAGCUGGACAACAAGGCCCAGGUGGAGCCGGACAACAAGGACCCGGAUCCCAAGGACCAGGAGGUGCCGGUCAACAAGGACCAGGUGGACAAGGACCAUACGGACCAGGACCUGGUGGUCAAGGACUUUACGGACCAAGUGCAGCCGCCGCAGCAGCAGCCGCUGGAGGCUAUGGACCAGGAGCAGGACAACAAGGACCAGGAAGUGGCGGACAACAAGGUCCAGGAGGCCAAGGACCAUACGGAUCUGGACAGCAAGGACCAGGAGGUGCCGGCCAACAAGGUCCUGGCAGUCAAGGACCAUACGGACCAGGUGCAUCUGCCGCAGCAGCAGCCGCUGUAGGAUACGGACCAGGAGCUGGACAACAAGGACCUGGAAGUCAAGGACCAGGAAGUGGCGGACAGCAAGGUCCUGGUGGUCAAGGACCAUAUGGACCAAGAGCUGGACAACAAGGCCCAGGUGGAGCCGGACAACAAGGACCCGGAUCCCAAGGACCAGGAGGUGCCGGUCAACAAGGACCAGGUGGACAAGGACCAUACGGACCAGCAGCAGCCGCUGGAGGCUAUGGACCAGGAGCAGGACAACAAGGACCAGGAAGUGGCGGACAACAAGGUCCAGGAGGCCAAGGACCAUACGGAUCUGGACAGCAAGGACCAGGAGGUGCCGGCCAACAAGGUCCUGGCAGUCAAGGACCAUACGGACCAGGUGCAUCUGCCGCAGCAGCAGCCGCUGUAGGAUACGGACCAGGAGCUGGACAACAAGGACCUGGAAGUCAAGGACCAGGAAGUGGCGGACAGCAAGGUCCUGGUGGUCAAGGACCAUAUGGACCAAGAGCUGGACAACAAGGCCCAGGUGGAGCCGGACAACAAGGACCCGGAUCCCAAGGACCAGGAGGUGCCGGUCAACAAGGACCAGGUGGACAAGGACCAUACGGACCAGCAGCAGCCGCUGGAGGCUAUGGACCAGGAGCAGGACAACAAGGACCAGGAAGUGGCGGACAACAAGGUCCAGGAGGCCAAGGACCAUACGGAUCUGGACAGCAAGGACCAGGAGGUGCCGGCCAACAAGGUCCUGGCAGUCAAGGACCAUACGGACCAGGUGCAUCUGCCGCAGCAGCAGCCGCUGUAGGAUACGGACCAGGAGCUGGACAACAAGGACCUGGAAGUCAAGGACCAGGAAGUGGCGGACAGCAAGGUCCUGGUGGUCAAGGACCAUAUGGACCAAGAGCUGGACAACAAGGCCCAGGUGGAGCCGGACAACAAGGACCCGGAUCCCAAGGACCAGGAGGUGCCGGUCAACAAGGACCAGGUGGACAAGGACCAUACGGACCAGCAGCAGCCGCUGGAGGCUAUGGACCAGGAGCAGGACAACAAGGACCAGGAAGUGGCGGACAACAAGGUCCAGGAGGCCAAGGACCAUACGGAUCUGGACAGCAAGGACCAGGAGGUGCCGGCCAACAAGGUCCUGGCAGUCAAGGACCAUACGGACCAGGUGCAUCUGCCGCAGCAGCAGCCGCUGUAGGAUACGGACCAGGAGCUGGACAACAAGGACCUGGAAGUCAAGGACCAGGAAGUGGCGGACAGCAAGGUCCUGGUGGUCAAGGACCAUAUGGACCAAGAGCUGGACAACAAGGCCCAGGUGGAGCCGGACAACAAGGACCCGGAUCCCAAGGACCAGGAGGUGCCGGUCAACAAGGACCAGGUGGACAAGGACCAUACGGACCAGCAGCAGCCGCUGGAGGCUAUGGACCAGGAGCAGGACAACAAGGACCAGGAAGUGGCGGACAACAAGGUCCAGGAGGCCAAGGACCAUACGGAUCUGGACAGCAAGGACCAGGAGGUGCCGGCCAACAAGGUCCUGGCAGUCAAGGACCAUACGGACCAGGUGCAUCUGCCGCAGCAGCAGCCGCUGUAGGAUACGGACCAGGAGCUGGACAACAAGGACCUGGAAGUCAAGGACCAGGAAGUGGCGGACAGCAAGGUCCUGGUGGUCAAGGACCAUAUGGACCAAGAGCUGGACAACAAGGCCCAGGUGGAGCCGGACAACAAGGACCCGGAUCCCAAGGACCAGGAGGUGCCGGUCAACAAGGACCAGGUGGACAAGGACCAUACGGACCAGCAGCAGCCGCUGGAGGCUAUGGACCAGGAGCAGGACAACAAGGACCAGGAAGUGGCGGACAACAAGGUCCAGGAGGCCAAGGACCAUACGGAUCUGGACAGCAAGGACCAGGAGGUGCCGGCCAACAAGGUCCUGGCAGUCAAGGACCAUACGGACCAGGUGCAUCUGCCGCAGCAGCAGCCGCUGUAGGAUACGGACCAGGAGCUGGACAACAAGGACCUGGAAGUCAAGGACCAGGAAGUGGCGGACAGCAAGGUCCUGGUGGUCAAGGACCAUAUGGACCAAGAGCUGGACAACAAGGCCCAGGUGGAGCCGGACAACAAGGACCCGAAUCCCAAGGACCAGGAGGUGCCGGUCAACAAGGACCAGGUGCACAAGGACCAUACGGACCAGCAGCAGCCGCUGGAGGCUAUGGACCAGGAGCAGGACAACAAGGACCAGGAAGUGGCGGACAACAAGGUCCAGGAGGCCAAGGACCAUACGGAUCUGGACAGCAAGGACCAGGAGGUGCCGGCCAACAAGGUCCUGGCAGUCAAGGACCAUACGGACCAGGUGCAUCUGCCGCAGCAGCAGCCGCUGUAGGAUACGGACCAGGAGCUGGACAACAAGGACCUGGAAGUCAAGGACCAGGAAGUGGCGGACAGCAAGGUCCUGGUGGUCAAGGACCAUAUGGACCAAGUGCAGCUGCCGCAGCAGCAGCCGCUGGAGGAUAUGGACCAGGAGCUGGACAACAAGGCCCAGGUGGAGCCGGACAACAAGGACCCGGAUCCCAAGGACCAGGAGGUGCCGGUCAACAAGGACCAGGUGGACAAGGACCAUACGGACCAGGUGCAUCCGCCGCAGCAGCCGCUGGAGGAUACGGACCAGGAGCUGGACAACAAGGACCUGGAAGUCAAGGACCAGGAAGUGGUGGACAACAAGGACCUGGUGGUCAAGGACCUUAUGGACCAAGUGCAGCCGCCGCAGCAGCAGCCGCUGGAGGCUAUGGACCAGGGGCUGGACAACAAGGACCUGGAAGUCAAGGACCAGGAAGUGGUGGACAACAAGGACCUGGUGGUCAAGGACCUUAUGGACCAAGUGCAGCCGCCGCAGCAGCAGCCGCUGGAGGCUAUGGACCUGGAGCUGGACAACAAGGACCUGGAAGUCAAGGACCAGGAAGUGGUGGACAACAAGGACCUGGUGGUCAAGGACCUUAUGGACCAAGUGCAGCCGCCGCAGCAGCAGCCGCUGGAGGCUAUGGACCUGGAGCUGGACAACAAGGACCUGGAAGUCAAGGACCAGGAAGUGGUGGACAACAAGGACCUGGUGGUCAAGGACCUUACGGACCAAGUGCAGCCGCCGCAGCAGCAGCCGCUGGAGGCUAUGGACCAGGAGCAGGACAACAAGGACCAGGAAGUGGCGGACAACAAGGUCCAGGAGGCCAAGGACCAUACGGAUCUGGACAGCAAGGACCAGGAGGUGCCGGCCAACAAGGUCCUGGCAGUCAAGGACCAUACGGACCAGGUGCAUCUGCCGCAGCAGCAGCCGCUGUAGGAUACGGACCAGGAGCUGGACAACAAGGACCUGGAAGUCAAGGACCAGGAAGUGGCGGACAGCAAGGUCCUGGUGGUCAAGGACCAUAUGGACCAAGUGCAGCUGCCGCAGCAGCAGCCGCUGGAGGAUAUGGACCAGGAGCUGGACAACAAGGCCCAGGUGGAGCCGGACAACAAGGACCCGGAUCCCAAGGACCAGGAGGUGCCGGUCAACAAGGACCAGGUGGACAAGGACCAUACGGACCAGGUGCAUCCGCCGCAGCAGCAGCCGCUGGAGGAUACGGACCAGGAGCUGGACAACAAGGACCUGGAAGUCAAGGACCAGGAAGUGGUGGACAACAAGGACCUGGUGGUCAAGGACCUUAUGGACCAAGUGCAGCCGCCGCAGCAGCAGCCGCUGGAGGCUAUGGACCAGGGGCUGGACAACAAGGACCUGGAAGUCAAGGACCAGGAAGUGGUGGACAACAAGGACCUGGUGGUCAAGGACCUUAUGGACCAAGUGCAGCCGCCGCAGCAGCAGCCGCUGGAGGCUAUGGACCUGGAGCUGGACAACAAGGACCUGGAAGUCAAGGACCAGGAAGUGGUGGACAACAAGGACCUGGUGGUCAAGGACCUUAUGGACCAAGUGCAGCCGCCGCAGCAGCAGCCGCUGGAGGCUAUGGACCUGGAGCUGGACAACAAGGACCUGGAAGUCAAGGACCAGGAAGUGGUGGACAACAAGGACCUGGUGGUCAAGGACCUUACGGACCAAGUGCAGCCGCCGCAGCAGCAGCCGCUGGAGGCUAUGGACCAGGAGCAGGACAACAAGGACCAGGAAGUGGCGGACAACAAGGUCCAGGAGGCCAAGGACCAUACGGAUCUGGACAGCAAGGACCAGGAGGUGCCGGCCAACAAGGUCCUGGCAGUCAAGGACCAUACGGACCAGGUGCAUCUGCCGCAGCAGCAGCCGCUGUAGGAUACGGACCAGGAGCUGGACAACAAGGACCUGGAAGUCAAGGACCAGGAAGUGGCGGACAGCAAGCUCCUGGUGGUCAAGGACCAUAUGGACCAAGUGCAGCUGCCGCAGCAGCAGCCGCUGGAGGAUAUGGACCAGGAGCUGGACAACAAGGCCCAGGUGGAGCCGGACAACAAGGACCCGGAUCCCAAGGACCAGGAGGUGCCGGUCAACAAGGACCAGGUGGACAAGGACCAUACGGACCAGGUGCAUCCGCCGCAGCAGCAGCCGCUGGAGGAUACGGACCAGGAGCUGGACAACAAGGACCUGGAAGUCAAGGACCAGGAAGUGGUGGACAACAAGGACCUGGUGGUCAAGGACCUUAUGGACCAAGUGCAGCCGCCGCAGCAGCAGCCGCUGGAGGCUAUGGACCUGGAGCUGGACAACAAGGACCUGGAAGUCAAGGACCAGGAAGUGGUGGACAACAAGGACCUGGUGGUCAAGGACCUUAUGGACCAAGUGCAGCCGCCGCAGCAGCAGCCGCUGGAGGCUAUGGACCUGGAGCUGGACAACAAGGACCUGGAAGUCAAGGACCAGGAAGUGGUGGACAACAAGGACCUGGUGGUCAAGGACCUUACGGACCAAGUGCAGCCGCCGCAGCGGCAGCCGCUGGAGGCUAUGGACCAGGAGCAGGACAACAAGGACCAGGAAGUGGCGGACAACAAGGUCCAGGAGGCCAAGGACCAUACGGAUCUGGACAGCAAGGACCAGGAGGUGCCGGCCAACAAGGUCCUGGCAGUCAAGGACCAUACGGACCAGGUGCAUCUGCCGCAGCAGCAGCCGCUGUAGGAUACGGACCAGGAGCUGGACAACAAGGACCUGGAAGUCAAGGACCAGGAAGUGGCGGACAGCAAGGUCCUGGUGGUCAAGGACCAUAUGGACCAAGUGCAGCUGCCGCAGCAGCAGCCGCUGGAGGAUAUGGACCAGGAGCUGGACAACAAGGACCUGGAAGUCAAGGACCAGGAAGUGGCGGACAGCAAGGUCCUGGUGGUCAAGGACCAUAUGGACCAAGUGCUGCCGCCGCAUCAGCAGCCGCUGGAGGCUAUGGACCUGGCGCUGGACAACAAGGACCUGGAAGUCAAGGACCAGGAAGUGGUGGACAACAAGGACCUGGUGGUCAAGGACCUUACGGACCAAGUGCAGCCGCCGCAGCAGCAGCCGCUGGAGGCUAUGGACCUGGAGCUGGACAACAAGGACCUGGAAGUCAAGGACCAGGAAGUGGUGGACAACAAGGACCUGGUGGUCAAGGACCUUACGGACCAAGUGCCGCCGCCGCAGCAGCAGCCGCUGGAGGCUAUGGACAAGGAGCUGGACAACAAGGACCAAGAAGUCAGGCACCUGUUGCAUCCGCAGCAGCUUCUCGCCUUUCUUCUCCUCAAGCCAGUUCUAGAGUUUCAUCUGCUGUGUCUACUUUGGUGUCGAGUGGUCCUACGAAUCCUGCCGCACUCUCUAAUGCUAUCAGUAGCGUUGUAUCACAAGUUAGUGCAAGUAAUCCUGGUCUUUCUGGUUGCGAUGUACUUGUACAAGCAUUGUUGGAAAUCGUAUCAGCCCUUGUACACAUCCUCGGGUCUUCUAGCAUUGGGCAAAUUAAUUACGCCGCGUCUUCUCAAUAUGCCCAGAUGGUAGGGAAUUCUGUAACUCAAGCUCUUGGUUAAUGUUCUUGUAUAUGAUUACAAAAUAUUUUGUCUAAUUAUGGUACAUUUGUAAUCUUUCUAAAUAAAUUCUGAAGCAUAUUAAUACGA